UUUCCACAAAAAAAAAAAAGUUUACAUUGACACAGAAAUUAUUUUCGAGUUCUUAAAGAGUGUUCACAUAAUUAAUAAUUAUUAUUUAUUGUGCUAAAUUUUUUUUCUCUUCUAGAAAAAUGAUUUUUAAACUGUUGAUUUUAUUUCUUAACACCGGAAUAUUGGUACAUUCUUUUUCAAUGGUAGAAGACGUUGAAUCAUAUAAUGAACCCACUAAUAUGUUUUACGGAUGGGAUUUAGAAAUUUCCAACACUCAAAUGUGGUCUACAUGUUAUGGUACAUUUAUCGCACCGCGGGUAUACAUCACUGAUCCUAUAUGUCUCGAACGGGUUCCUAAUAUUACUAACAGUUAUAUCAGCAAAAAUGUCCACGGUAAUGAAACAAGUAAGAGAAUAAAUUUCAAUGUCAGUAACAUACACUACAGUGAAGACUUAGAUGAAACUUUCAAUAGAAAUAAACGUAAAAUAGCAGUAGUUAUAACUAAUGAACCAGUUGAAUCUGAACAAGAUAAAAAUGGAUACGUGAAAAUAAAUUCAAAUCUUAAUGAUAUUGAUAUAGACGAGUGUUUCGUACCACAUUAUAAUGGUUGGAAUAUAACAUUUACUUACUGUGAUUAUGUAGUGUUCGAUAAUCGUUAUGGAAAUCCUGCUAAUAUUUAUUGUCUUGGCUCCGAGGAUGUUUGGAAUCUCGGAAGUGGUUUAUUUUGUACCUUGAAAACAAAUCCCAAUGUCAAUGUUUUAGUUGGAAUUAUAGUUGGACCCAACGAUGGCUACAAACUCUGGAAUGACCCGGCUCUGUUUAUGGCAACUGUUGAAAACAUUAGCGGAUUAAAUGAUACUAUAAUGAACAAUGUAAACGAUGUGUUAUAAUUUCUUAGUAAAACUUAGAAAUGAAAAAUUCAUUUCUUUCAGAAAUUCAAAUAAUUCAAAAUAAUUACCUACAAUAUCGAUGAAAUAAAAAUUAUCUAAAAUUGAUAAUUAAAUAAAUAACCAAUUUAAAAAUAAA